GUGAAGACGCGCAUCGCGCAUGCGCCGCCCUGGUUCCAGCAACAACUGCAGCCGAGCCAUAACAAUCACCCGCGUUAAUUAUAUCGGGCCGGAUCGGCAACUCGCGCGCGUUUCGGGCCGUCCCGGGCGGACCCGGGUUACUUCCUUUUCACCCGAGUGCUUGGCCGGCGGCGGUCUUCUCCUCGCACAGGCUGAUAAUGUUAAAUCCAUGGAGGAUAACGAGGUGAGCCUCCCUCCCUUCCUCUUCGGCAGAAGAUUCGGCGAAAAUGGGCUCUUGUGUACAACAGCGACGGAGAAUUGGGGGCUUUUCUCCGCGAGUCAGUGACGGCUAAAGUGGAGUAAGCGCCUGUUAGGGAGCGCGGCGUUUUUAACCGAGUCGCCAGUCUGGUGAACACCGCCCCGAUGCUGGGGGCAUUCGCUAGCUAACUGGCUGCUAAGCUGGUUAGCUGCUAGCGGGAUAACUCCUGGGCGAGCUGGGAUCGACCUCGCGUCGGCUGCUGUCUCCGGCUCUCGUCCCUUUGGAUACCGCGACGCCCGUCGGACGGCCCAGCUGUGCGGAGCUCCCAAGGCCGCUCGUCCCGUCCCGUCUCUUCCCCUCACCCACCUCCCCCCCCGCCCCCCGCUGCCAUCCCGGUUUGAUGUAAGGAGCCGGCGGGAGGAUUCGCGGGCUGGAUCUGGGACAGCGCCCGAGCGGGAGCCACCAUGCAAGCGGCCCAGCUCCAGUACGACUUCUUCAGCGAGGAGAACGCGUCGAAAUGGCGGGGGCUCUUGGUGCCCUCCCUGAACAAGGUACUCAGCCAGGUGCACCCAAAGCUGUCCUCCAAGGAGGACGCGCUGCAGUACAUCGAGGAGCUGAUCCUGCUUCUGCUCAGCAUGCUGUGCCAGGCCCAGCCGCGCACCGUGCUCGAUGUGGAGGAGCGUGUACAGAAGAGUUUCCCUCACCCUAUCGACAAGUGGGCCAUUGCCGACGCCCAGGCUGCGAUAGAUAAAAGAAAGAGGAGGAACCCUCUGCUGCCUGUGGAUAAGAUCCACCCACUUCUCAAGGAGGUGUUGGGGUAUAAGAUCGACCAUCAGGUGUCCGUCUAUAUCGUAGCAGUUCUGGAGUACAUCUCGGCGGACAUCCUGAAGCUGGCCGGAAACUAUGUCAUUAAUAUCCGACACUAUGAGAUCUCCCAGCAGGACAUCAAGGUGGCAAUGUGUGCAGAUAAGGUACUGAUGGACAUGUUUAACCAAGACGAGGAGGACAUCAGUGGUUUUCCCCUCAUGGACGAGGAGCCCUCGGGCUCUGGGGUGCAGAUGUACUAUGACCUCGUGAAGACCUUCAUGGCGGAGCUGCGGCAAUACCUGAGAGACCUCAACCUCAUCAUCAAGGUCUUCCGGGAGCCCUUUGUGUCCAACCCCAAGCUCUUCUCUCAUCACGACGUGGAGAACAUCUUCAGUCGCAUCGUGGACAUCCAGGAGCUUACGCUGAAGCUGUUAGGGCUCAUCGAGGACACUGUGGAGAUGACAGACGAGGGGAGCCCUCACCCGCUGGUGGGAAGCUGUUUCGAGGACCUGGCCGAGGAGCUGGCCUUCGACCCGUACGAGGCGUACGCCCAGGAUAUCCUGCGCACAGGCUUUCAGGACCACUUCCUGAGCCAGCUGUCCAAACCGGGGGCUGCCUUCUACCUGCAGUCCAUAGGCGAGGGCUUCAAAGAAGCCGUGCAGUACGUGCUCCCCCGGCUGCUCCUCACGCCUGUCUACCACUGCCUGCACUACUUUGAGAUUUUAAAGCAACUAGAGGAGAAGAGUGAGGAUGAGGAGGACAAGGAGUGUCUGAAACAAGCCAUCACCGCCCUGCUCAAUCUGCAGAGCAGCAUGGAGCGGAUCUGCUCCAAGAGCCUGGCCAAGCGGAGGCUGAGCGAGUCGGCCUGCCGCUUCUACAGCCAGCAGAUGAAGGGCAAGCACCUGGCCAUCAAGAAGAUGAACGAGAUCCAGAAGAACAUCGACGGCUGGGAGGGCAAGGACAUCGGCCAGUGCUGCAGCGAGUUCAUCAUGGAGGGCACGCUGACGCGUGUGGGCGCCAAGCACGAGCGCCACAUCUUCCUGUUCGACGGCCUCAUGAUCUGCUGCAAGUCCAACCACGGACAGCCGCGCCUGCCCGGUGCCGGCGCUGCCGCCGAGUACCGGCUCAAGGAGAAGUUCUUCAUGCGCAAGGUGCAGAUCAACGACAAGGACGACACUGGCGAGUACCGGCACGCCUUCGAGAUCACCCUGAAGGAUGGCAACAGUGUGGUGUUCGCCGCUAAGUCAGCCGAGGAGAAGAGCAGCUGGAUGGCAGCGCUGAUCUCGCUGCAGUACCGCUCCACGCUUGAGCGCAUGCUGGACCUCACCUUGCUGCAGGACGAGAAAGAGGAGCAGAUGCGCCUUCCCCGGCCCGAACUGUACCGCUUUGCAGAGCCUGACUCCGAGGAGAACGUUGUCUUCGAGGAGAACGUACAGUCCAAGUCGGGCAUCCCCAUCAUCAAGGCUGGCACCGUGACCAAGCUCAUCGAGAGGCUCACCUAUCACAUGUAUGCAGAUCCGAAUUUCGUGAGGACCUUCUUGACAACAUACCGGUCGUUCUGUAAGCCACAGGAGCUGCUGGACCUCCUGAUGGAAAGGUUCGACAUACCAGAGCCCAAACCACCCGAGGCCGACCAGUUCGCCAUGGAAAACGGGGACCAGCCUCUCAGCGCCGAGCUGAAGCGUUUCCGUAAGGAAUAUGUCCAGCCAGUCCAGCUCAGAGUUCUGAACGUGUGCCGGCACUGGGUGGAACACCACUUUUACGACUUUGAGAGAGACCCUGAGCUGCUCAGGUGCUUGGAGGAGUUCAUCGGCACUGUCCGAGGGAAGGCCAUGAGGAAGUGGGUGGAGUCAAUCACCAAGAUCAUCCAGAGGAAGAAGCAGGCGCAGGCUAACGGAGCCAGCCAUAACAUCACCUUCGAGAGCUCGCCGCCACCCAUCGAGUGGCACAUCAUCAAGCAGGGCCAGACGGAGCAGUUCGACCUCAUGACCCUGCACCCCAUCGAGAUCGCCCGGCAGCUCACGCUGCUCGAGUCUGACUUCUACAGGGCCGUCCAGCCGUCCGAGCUGGUGGGCAGCGUCUGGACCAAGGAGGACAAGGAGCUGAACUCGCCCAACCUGCUGCGAAUGAUCCGUCACACCACGAACCUCACGCUGUGGUUCGAGAAGUGUAUCGUGGAGACAGAGAAUCUGGAGGAGAGGGUGGCAGUGGUGAUGCGCAUCAUUGAGAUCCUGCAGGUCUUUCAGGAGCUCAAUAACUUCAAUGGCGUGCUAGAGGUGGUCAGCGCCAUGAACUCGUCCCCAGUCUACAGACUGGACCAUACUUUCGAGCAAAUUCCAAGUCGACAGCGGAAAAUUCUGGAAGAGGCCCAUGAACUCAGUGAAGACCACUACAAGAAGUAUCUGGCCAAACUCAGGUCUAUCAACCCCCCAUGCGUGCCUUUUUUUGGAAUUUACUUGACUAAUAUCCUGAAGACUGAGGAGGGCAAUCCUGACUUCCUGAAGCGGCAUGGGAAGGACCUGAUCAACUUCAGCAAGAGGAGGAAAGUGGCCGAGAUCACUGGGGAGAUCCAACAGUACCAGAACCAGCCGUACUGCCUGCGGGUCGAGAGCGACAUCAGGAAAUUCUUUGAGAAUCUGAACCCCAUGGAAGACAAGAUGGAGAAGGAGUUUGCCGACUACCUGUUUAACAAAUCGCUGGAGAUAGAACCUCGCAGCGUCCGGACCCUGCCACGAUUUGCCAAACGGUACCACUACACCCUGAAGUCCCCGGGGGUACGUCCGUCUGCUGUGCGGCCCGGGGCCAUGCGCCACCCUACGCCGCUGCAGAACGAGCUCCGCAAAAUCAGCUACAGCCGCAUUCCCGACAGUGAGACCGAGAGCGCGGCCUCGGCGCCCAACUCGCCGCGCACGCCGCUCACGCCGCCGCCGCCCGCCUCGGGGGCCUCCAGCUCCAAUGACAUCUGCAGCGUCUUCGACUCGCCCCAGGGCCCCUCCAGCCCCAUGCACUCCCGAUGCUCGUCGGUGUCGUCGGUGACCAGCUUCAACAGGAGUGUGGAGGAAGCCCCCGUGCCCCCCCCCGUGCCCCCGCGCCGGCGGCCCGAGUCGGCUCCCGCCGAGUCGUCCCCCUCAAAGAUCAUGUCUAAGCACUUGGACAGCCCCCCUGCCAUCCCACCCCGCCAGCCCACCACCAAGGUGUACUCACCACGCUACUCGCUGUCUGAGGACCCCGACAGCCCACCCAGCCUGCCACCCCGGGAGCCCGUGAAAACGCCGGACGUCUUCUCCAACUCCCCCCUCAACCUGCAGCCGCCCCCCCAGGGCCGCAAGAGCGAACUGAGCCAGACUUUCUUCCCAUCGUCGCCAUUCUGUGGCGGCCCACCGCAGACGCCCUCCCCGCUCGGACCCCGCAAGCACCUGCCCUCGCCGCCCCUCAUCCUGCAGGAUGGCGAGCCCCCGGGCGGAGCCGCGGGCCCCCCCGUCCCCCCCAGGCAGAGCACCUCCCAGGCCAUUCCCAAGCUGCCCCCCAAGACCUAUAAGAGGGAGUCCGGGCACCCAUCACUGCAUCGAGACGGACUCCCCCUCCUGGAGAACGCCAACCCCUCCUGACUGUGCCGAGAGCUUGUGGGGGGCACUGUGGGCUGGGCUGCUUAACACUAAAGUACGGGCCCCCCACAGACAACAGAGUAAUGGGAAGGAGGCAAGGCUGGCAGUGCCCUGAGCGUGUCAGAGAUGCCCCCUGCAGAGCACGCCCAGCGAGCGCCGCCUCCGGUCCCAGGUGGCGCGUUCGGCCUUGUUUGUGUUUCUCUCAUUGUCUCGCCCCCCUUCCUGUUCAUUGUGCAUUUUUAUUUUGUUUUUAGGGGAACUCAUUUCAGCAAAUGAGUCUGCGAUCUGCAUCUGGCCAAACAAACUCGAAUAAAAAUCGCCAUCUUCGGGACUCUGUUUUCCCCACCUCCUUUUUUCCCGCUUGUUUAAACAAAGAAAAAUGUCAAUAAAUGGAUAUUUUAAAGGUCCCGCACUGAGAUGCUGCUUUAGAGGCCGGAUGAAAGCGCAAAAUCGCAGUGCAAAACCCGCCCGCGUUUCAGGCUGACGGUGGGAGGUGAGUCCCCGCCCAUGCCAUGCCUCUUGGCUCCGCCCUGCCCCCUCAGCCACGCCCAAAGGGACUUGAGAAAGGGGGCUUCGGGACGGUUAGACGCUCGCGUUUGAGUCACGGGCGCGCGGCUCCUGCUAUUAGUCCAACAGUACCAACAGUGAGGUACCUUGCACACCAAAGAGGUACUUUCAAACAUUGUGAAACACAAAUUAUAAAUUCAUUUUUGUUAGUGUGUUUUUUUUUUUUUUUUUGAUUGAAGUAUGUAAAAAUUUUGCCUUCUUUAAACAAGGGAAUAAAAGUGUUUUUACUGUUGCAAAUUACAGGCUCACAAUGAGACUGGGGAAAAAAAUGAAAAAAAAAAACGUUGUGAAAGCCUGAAGUUAACAGAAUUAACCAAGCUCCAGUUACCUGGCACUUCGCUGUUGUCAGUGUUCCCAAGUGCAGUCAGCUUCCUGACGGUCUGUUACUGUAUUUCUGAUCCAGUGUGGUGGGCCUACCUGUGUGUUGGAGUGUGUCAAUGGAUGCCAUUGUAAGUGUAAUUAUUUUAUUGUUUUUAAAUGGGUGGGCUGUGGGGGUGGUGAAUGGUUACUUACUGAAGCCCUGGCAUCCAGUCCCGUUAAUGUUAUGCAGUUUGCCAGUUUCUGGGCCUCGUCUCUCUGCCUUAAAGUUUGACGUGUUCAGCAAUUUAGUUUAGCAGGGUCUGGAUACCUUGCCCUCCCUAUAGGAGGCGCUUGUGCUUAUCUGCUAGACAUAGGCCUUUGGAACUCAGUCGCUGAGCCUCACUGCUUCACCACAUGCCUUGUUUUGUGCCCACCCCAGCAGUCGGGGGAGGGGGGGCAGCCCCUGGCAGAGCCCUCAUCUUUUGCGCCUUUAAGAGUCUUUGGUUUUUCCUUCCUUUCUUGUCUUUUGAGGGAUGUUCCUUAUCAUUUCAGGGUAGUUCUUUGCAUAUGACGUGUGCGGAAAGGCCAGCAUGUUGGAGGAGGCCGCAAGGGAUAGACACGGUAUUCCUGGGAUUUCCUUUUCCGAAGACGCGCUUAGCAGUCUCUCGGGAUCUUGCCCGCCUUCACAGCCCCCACCCCCAGGAACUGAAACGCCUUGCGGGUUUAAAUCGGCCCCUGUCCCUCCACAAGUUGCCCUUCAGUGCUGUGCAUUAAUGACCUUUUAUCAAUAGACCAGUUUGAGCAGGUCCCUGAUUUCCUGCGUCUAACCAUAGCAAGUGCCCCUUAAGCCUGCCCUGGUCCUUCGUAAUGCCGCAUGCCGUAGUCAGAUCUUGGGAAUCGGGCCCCACCGGCAUCAGGGGGUGGUUGGCACUGCAGGGGCCGGGUCACCAGGGCCGCAGGGGCCGUGAGGGGUGUCAGUGGCUGGAGAGGCCAAACCGCCCUGGUGCUCAGCUCCCCAGCCGCUUCUGCUGUGCCACACAGAUCAGAGUGAUGCUUCCCAAAGAGAACUUGCAGCUUUUGGGGGGUUUUUUUGGUGAGUGAGGGGCUUGCAGAUUUAUUAAUUCUACUUUCCUUUUGCAAAAAGGCUUGUUUGGUGGCUGUAUCCCCCUGGCCCGGUUCAGGCAGGCUUUUGGGCUCUAGUUAGCACCAGAAAGGUGUAUAAAUGAGCCACCUUGAGGACCUGGUGCCUUGCUGCAUAUUUUAAUAGUUGAAUGUGCCCUGCAGUUAGAGAAACCAGGGUCCCAGUGUCGCUGUUCCUGGGGGCUGUACUGGGCAGUUAACUUUGGCCACCAAUCAGCAGUCAUGUGCAAAUGAUGUCAUAGCCAUCAGACUCUCGCAAGGUCCUUUUUUAUGAAAGGGAAUUGUAAGUUUUUAAGGGGAAAUCCAGUAAUAACCAGUCUCAAAAGGGCUUUGGAACAAUAACAUUUUAAAUAAACCUGUUACUGUAAAGUGCUUUUGUUUCCAAGGCCUCCCAAUACAAAUUGUGCUUAACACUUUUAAUCUUGGAUAAUCAGUCAUCAGAGCUGCAUGUCUUCUGGAAUGAUCCCUUACCCAGAUUCCCAGUCAUGGUGGGCGUUUCCUCCUCUUUGCGUCUUUAAAGCACAAGUUUGCCAGGUGUCCUAUGAUGUCAGAAUGGGCCCCGAGUCGGAUCAGAGUUCAGAUCGCUGUACUGUUUCUCCUGGUGGCCUUUUCCGCUGUGUUGGCACCUCUUUGUACAUCUAAUUAAUUUGCUCCCAGAAAGUGCCUGUAAUUACACCACUAAUUUAGCGCUGUACGUUUUCCUGGUUAUGCCCAACUGAGAGCUGAGUGAAGUUUUUCCUCAUAGAUUGUAACGCCUCAUAGCCAAUGAGAAUAUUUCCAGAACAUAUAUUCCCCCCCCUAAGGUUAUAUUUGCAGCAGUGUUGCCAUAAUUUGCUCUCUGCGUUAAUUGAACAUCAUAUAUGAAAAAAAAUCAAGUACUCAUUCAUCUUCUAACAUGGCAAAUCCCUGCCGCCACACACACUCACAGUGGUUUCAGUAUUCAGUGUUAGAAAAAAAUAGUCCCUCCAUGUUGGAGGGAGGAAAACCGUCGCUGUCUCGACAUUUUUGGGAUUUUUUUUUUGGUCUAGAUGUCAAUGACUGACUGGUAACCAUGGAAACCAGCACUGCAGGAAUUCCGAGUUGUACUCAGCUGGCUGAACUGUGACCUACUUGAACUGUGCAAAACCAACAAAUCCCUGAUUGUAUUUUCAGGCUUUUAAAUCUAAAAUUAAAAUGUUUUAGUGCAACGUGAA